UUUCCACCCAACCUGUUCGAGGACACCAAAGCCUCCAAAAAUGGCUUCGUUUUACUCUGAACCUCCAAUUGAGCCGUUCUGCCGUCCACAGGAGGAUACCUCACUUCAAGAACAGACGGUAUAUACAAUCUCGAAGGAAGACGUGGAAAGACUUGCGCCGUACCUUCCUCCCAAGCGGAGCGAGUUCUUGCGAGAAAGACAAAAUUCCCGAAAGGUAGAAGAUGAGAUUGCGGGAUACUCACACGCAACCCAAGCUCUCCCUCAUGUAACACUCACUUACGCCCAAUCCCUCGACAGCCAAAUCUCUCUUCGGCCUGGCCAACGAACCACUCUCUCUGGUGUCGAGACCAAGGCCAUGACCCAAUUCCUGAGAACGCACCACGAUGCCAUCCUCAUUGGGGCGGGAACAGCUAAUGCAGACAAUCCCAGGCUCAACACCAGCUUCAGCUAUGACGGAGAAAAUAUUGUUGGCUUGGCUGAGCAGCCAAGACCGCUUAUUUUGGAUCCUGGGAGAAGCUGGAGUGAAGAGAAAUGUGAGAAGAUGUUUAGACUUGCGAAGGCUGGGGUGGGAAGGGCGCCUUGGUGGAUUAUCUGUGAAGAGGAGACCGAACGAGACGAAGAACGCAUCAAGAAGAUCAAAGAGUUUGGUGGAGGUAUCAUUAAGGCCGGGAGAUACGGAAGAAGAGAAAAUGGUGUCGAGUGGGAAAAAAUCCUGAAUGCUAUGUGGGACACCGGAAUCCGGAGCGUUAUGAUCGAAGGAGGAGCAACGGUUAUCAACGACCUUUUACGAGCUAGGAAUCAGCAUCUUGUCACGAGUGUCAUCGUUACGAUUGCUCCGACGUAUCUUGGAAGUGGAGGUGUGGUGGUGGCUCCGCCAAGAUCGGUGCAAGAUGAGAACGAGGCGAGGUUGAGCGGGGUCACAUGGAUACCGUUCGGACAAGACGUUGUUAUGGCUGGCCGUUUGGCACCCAAAAGCUGAAAGUGGAGUGACCAGCUUUCGAUUCUCCCAGAUAACGAAAUUGCCACCCAGUCCAGGACGUUUACUCAGAGCGAUCUGGUGAGACAGGCACUGCCAUCACCUGCUACCCGUCGAGACGGGUGCAGAAUUCAAACACACAUCGGUAUUGAUCGCCAGAAUGACUUCCGUGACUUCUCAACUUGGAAGAUUGCAACAUGGUUACUCAGGGGACUUGUCACAGCCCCAAGAAUACGAUUAAUAAACUUUGGCGUCUAAAUAUAUCACGAAAAUAUCCUCGGACUUAU